UCCACAUUUGCACAGAGAAAAAUUAAGGGUGGUUAAUUUGGUGACUCGUGAGUAUAUGGAAAAUCUUACACACUGAACAUUACAUGAUCAUAUAUAUCAAAGAACAUGAUCCCUCUUAUAACAGUAAGAGUAAUAGUGCUCCUCUUAUUAGGUGUCACACUCCAAAUAACCAAGCCCGUGGUUGUGAAGGGUUUUCCACUACACACGAGUGAACGGUGGAUUGUGGACGAAAGUGGGAAGAGGGUGAAGCUAGCAUGUGUUAAUUGGGUGUCCCAUUUGGAUGCUGUGGUGGCUGAGGGCUUAAGCCAACAACCUUUGGAUGAGAUUUCCAAGAGAAUCAAAACCAUGGGGUUCAACUGUGUAAGACUCACAUGGCCACUUUUCUUGGUCACUAAUGACUCUAUUGCUUCUCUCACUCUGAGAAACUCUUUCCAAAAUCUUGGCCUAAUUCAAUCCUUGAAUGGUGUCCAAGCCAUCAACCCCUCCAUCAUCGAUCUUCCCCUCAUCAAAGCUUACCAGGCAGUGGUGAAAAGCCUUGGAGAGAACGAUGUAAUGGUGAUUUUGGACAACCACGUGAGCCAGCCAGGGUGGUGCUGCAGUAACUUGGACGGCAAUGGCUUCUUUGGGGAUCAGUAUUUUGAUCCAGACCUCUGGAUUAUGGGCCUUACAAAGAUGGCUACUAUUUUCAAAGGUGUGACUAAUGUGGUAGCCAUGAGCUUGAGAAAUGAACUACGAGGUCCCAGACAAAAUGUCAACGUUUGGUACAGGUACAUGCCAAAAGGAGCAGAAGCAGUGCAUGCAGCAAAUCCAGAUGUUCUUGUGAUUCUAUCUGGCCUAAACUUUGACACGAACCUAUCAUUCAUAAGAAAUGAGGCAGUGAAACUCAGCUUCAAUGGGAAACUAGUGUUUGAGGUGCACUGGUACAGCUUCAGUGAUGGUCAGGCAUGGACAUUAGGGAAUCCAAACCAAGUGUGUGGGCAAGUCACAGAGAAUGUGAUGAGAAGGGCAGGGUUCUUGUUGGACCAAGGGUGGCCAUUGUUUGUGAGUGAAUUUGGGGUGGACUUGAGAGGCACAAGUGUGAAUGACAAUAGGUACCUCAACUGUUUCAUGGCACUGGUGGCCCAACUUGACUUGGAUUGGGCCUUGUGGACACUGGGUGGGAAUUAUUACAUUAGACAAGGGGAUGUUGGAAUGGAGGAAUAUUUUGGUAUUCUCAAUUCAGAUUGGAUUCAGGUUAGGAACACAAGUUUCUUGCAAAGGAUCUCAGCUAUUCAACUUCCUUUCAAAGGGCCAGGGUUAUCAGAAGCUAAACCAUACAAAGUAAUUUUUCACCCAUUGACAGGUCUUUGCAUCUUAAGAAAUUCACCGGUUGAGCCAUUGAUGAGGUUGGGACCUUGUUCUAAUUCUGAUGCAUGGGAAUACACGGACCAAAAGAUACUAUCAAUAAAGGGUACCUAUUUCUGUCUACAGGCAGAGGAAGAAGGGAAGCAAGCAAAACUUGGAAAUGCAUGUUCAGGUUCCAAUUCAAGAUGGGAAAUGAUCUCUGAUUCAAAGAUGCACCUCUCAACUCAAACCAACAAUGCUUCUGGUGUGUGUCUUGAUGUAGACACCAACAACAUCAUUGUCACCAAUAUUUGCCAAUGCCUAAGCAAAGAUAACACUUGUGACCCUGCAACCCAAUGGUUCAAACUUGUUGACAGCACAAGGAAGUCUCGGCAUUAUCUAAGGAUUCCAAGUUAAGUUUCUUGGAAAACAAAAUUUCUAGAAACCAUUGAGCUCAAAUGCUCAACACAAAAAAUUAACCUCAACAUUAUUAAUAUUAUAUUGUAGAUUUUUCUUGGCCUACAUGUACUUGUACCUUUACUUAGGCUAAUUAAUAGCCAAGUCAUCAAAAUACAAUUUUAGUUAUUGUGCUUUGCAGGAA